GCUUGCUUCCACAACACCGCCGACAGACGCGCAUCAACUCGUCGUCGCCGACAAAACAGUCUCCACAAAGACUACUCUGUCCAACACAUUUGCUCACCAUGGCCCCCGUCCCACCCGUCGAGGCUCCCCCCUCGUCGCUCGUUGACCGCGCAACCCGCUGGGUCGAGGAAAACCAAAAGCUCAUCCUCAUCGGUGCCGGCGUCGCCGCGGCCGCAGGCGCAGGCUACUACCUGUACUCGCGCAGCGGCGAGGCCAAGGGCGGUGACGGUGCCGCCGCGCCCCCUUCCACCGGGAGCAGCAGCAGCAAGAACAAGAAGAAGAAGAAGACGAAAAAGGACAAGUUCCUCAAGGGCGAGGGCACGACCGGGCCCCUGCUCGAGGAGAUCACGCCGCCAGAGAAGAAGGCCGACGAGAAGGCUGUCGCCGUCGACGACUACCUCGAGGGCGUGCCCAAGGACGAGGAAGGCCUCGCGGCCCUCUCAGACGCCGAGCGCAACGCCCUCGGCGCGACCCUCAAGGACCGGGGUAACAAGCUGUACAGCAAGAAGGAGUUCAAGAAGGCCGUCGAGUGCUACUCCAAGGCUAUUGACGUGUCGGUCAAGAAGGACGCCGUGUUCUACUCCAACCGUGCUGCUUGCUACACAAACUACUCGCCCCCUGAGUACGAGCUCUGUGUCAAGGACUGCGACGAGGCCCUCAAGCUUGACCGCACCUACAUCAAGGCGCUGAAGAGGAGAGCAACUGCCCUUGAGCGUCUCGACCGUGACGAGGAGGCCGUCCGGGACUUCACUGCCUGCACCAUCAUCGAGCGCUUCCAGGACGAGGCUGCCGCUGCCGCCGUCGAGAGGUGUCUCAAGAAGCUCGCCGCCCGCCGGGCAAAGGACAUUCUCGCCUCGCGUGAGACCAAGCUCCCCUCGCCCACCUUCAUCUCGUCGUACCUCGCCGCGUUCCGCCCUCACGCCAAGCCCGUCGUCCCCGAGAAGCCCACCGACGGCGACAACACGCUGUCGCUUGCGUUUGACGCCCUCGAGGCCGCCGACUACGUGCACACCGUGUCGCUUGUCAACGAGGCUAUCGAGCAGGGCAUCUCGACCAAGCAGGGCGAGGCCGAGGCCUACAACCUGCGCGGAACGUUCAAGUUCCUCAUUGGCGACUCGCUCGGCGCCAAGGCCGACCUCGAGAAGUCGCUCGACCUCGUCCCCGACUUUGUCCAGUCGUGGGUCAAGAUUGCCAGCGUGCACAUGGAGCUCGGCGAUGCUACCAACGCGUUUGCCGACUUUGAGACGGCCAUCAGCCACAACGCUGCCGACCCCGACAUCUACUACCACCGUGGCCAGGUCUUCUUCAUCAUGGGCGAGCACGACAAGGCUAUCGCCGACUACAACAAGUCGAUCGAGCUCGACGACACGUUCAUCUUCACGCACGUUCAGGCCGCCGUCGCCCAGUACAAGCAGGGCGAGGUCGCCAAGUCGAUGGCUGCGUUCCGCCGCAUUCUCCGCCAGUUCCCCACCCGCGGCGAGCCAUCCAACUACUACGGCGAGAUCCUGCUCGACCAGCAGAAGUUCCAGGAGUCGGUGGAGAGGUUUGAGCGCUCGAUCGAGCUGGACCAGGACCGCAAACCCCGCAACGUCCUCUCCUACGUCAACAAGGCGCUCGCCCUGUUCCAGUGGAAGCAGGACAUCCAGGCCGCCGAGUCGCUCUGCAAGGAGGCAUUGGAAAUCGACCCCGACUGCGACGUUGCCGUUGCGACGCUCGCGCAGCUGUCGCUCCAGCAGGGCAAGAUUGACGACGCGAUCAAGUGGUUUGAGAAGAGCGGCAACCUUGCCAGAACCGAGGGCGAGCUCAUCAACGCCAUCACGUACGAGCACGCGUCGCGCGCCCAGGCCGCGUUCCUCAAGAACUUCCCCGAGUUUGCCGAGCGCUUGGGGCAGAUUGCGCAGGGUGUGUAGGGUGGCAGGCGCCCUGGUGGUGCAGCGGAGGGAGACGAGGAGGAGGAGUAGCGGAUGGCGGCGUUCACGACGGCGGAGGCCCGUCUCAUCACAUUUUGGCAGAAGUACACGGAAGUAGGGACUGGCGUAGUGCAGACUUUGACUAUCAUGGCGUAUUAAUGCCCGCACAAUGUGCAUGCAACCUCUCAUGGCUUGUA